AUGGAUGACACAAUAGGGCGUGCCAUCCUCAAAGUUACUGAGAAAAAUAUAAAUUCUGCUCUCAAAAGCGGAGCCACAAAAAUACUCUCAUGCUCAAUCUUGCUCGGAUUAAUGGAAGAAGCGUCAGUAAAUGCAUUAUCAUCAACGUGUUUCAUAUCAGAUCAAAAUGCCAUUAGCCACUAUACAUCGAUUGAUUACUUACGGCCUUCUAAACUUGGAUCUACUGUUACUGCAACAGCUAAAAUAAAAAAUCUUGAUCUUCGAGGUGUUCAUCUCGAAAUUGAAGCUCGCGAUGAAGAAGGUCUUAUAGGAGUUGGCAAACAUACUCGUGUUUUUAUUGAUCAAGAAGAAUUUGAGAGAAAAUGUUACGAAAAAUAUCGAAAUUCACUUUUCAAGCAAUGA